UCAGAGACUCGCGGCUAUGCCACUGGUACUCUUGCAACUAAUAUUUCUGAUAAAACUUCAGAUUCUGAUGUACGUCAAGAGCUUUCAUCCCAAUAUCCCGCAUCACCUGUCCGCACAGAGAAUUCACCCCAAGAAAACGAUAAAGAUUCAGAAUUACUAGAAGUUGAAGUAAGUGCGUCAUCUUCAGAUAUCAAGAAAACUUUACCGGAAUUUGAGGUAAGUAAUACAUCUACUCUUUCUAAUUUAGAUACGGUUCCAGAGGAAGAGACAGAGUCUCGAGUUUCCAACUCAUCAACCGAGAUACAGGCAAAUAAUAAUUAG